AUGGAAGGUCCAUCUACAAAUUUGAUCGAAUUUAUCGACUUGAGUCAGAAAAGUUUUGCCAUUGCGGCUGGAUCGAUUUUGUUUAACCCAACAUUCUGGAACACUAAAAUACAGACAGAAUAUCAUGAUAAGUCCCUAACUAAACUUGCUGGUGGCAAUGCACGCCUCGGCUGUUAUAUACUCGCAGUUACCAUCUUUUGCUUGGGGAUAUUCCGAGAUUUUCUCUAUGAGCGCGCCCUCCGUGAUCAGCCUACCAUGCCACUCUUGUUGACAACCCCCUUUCAGCUUCUAGCCCUUGUUUUAGUUAUUUCAGGCAAUAUCCUAGUCAUAUCCUCAAUGUGGGCCCUCGGAAUAACUGGUACAUACCUUGGUGAUUAUUUCGGAAUUCUAAUGGACGAAAUGGUGACGGGCUUCCCGUUUAAUGUUACCGACGCACCCAUGUAUUACGGAAGCACAAUGAGUUUCCUAGGGACAGCACUAUUCUUUGGAAAGCCUGCUGGAAUAAUCUUGACAACGGAGGUUUUAGUUACCUACAUGAUUGCAUUGAGACUGGAAAAUCCUUUCACAGCCAAUAUCUAUGCCAAGAGAGGUAGCAUUGCCACGAGGCCUUCUCACGAGAAAGAGCUAUAG